CCCAAAGCCCUGCGUGCCUAGCUCACCUCCAAAUGAACUGCCAAGCUGCAAUUUUAAAUGUGUUUAAAACAUUAAACCCAGAACUACAUCAAUUGCACUUAUUAAUAUAAUCAUUUCUUUCAUUGUCCCGUCUCAUACACUUUUUUUAAUCUUGCCCGUUUUUUGUACCCCAUUGCAGAUCGCCAAAGGUGGCCCUAGCCUUUUGAGAUACUGGUGAUUGCGGUUGCGAGCCCGAAAGUCCUCUAUACAUGCCCAGAGGCGCUUUCUUCUUUCCUAGAGUUUGGCCCAGGGCUAAGAAACAGUCUUUUUGGUGGCAGGAGAGAAACCAGAGGAGGCGGCAGGGCUCCUUUUGAAUGGAGCUAGGCGGGAGCUGGCUGCUCUCUCUCCUGCAGCGGCGUGUAAGAGGAGGAGGAGGAGGAGGAGGAGGAGAAGGGAGGCGCGUUGAAGCAGGCGAGGCCUGCGCGCCGGAAGUGAGCGCCGACUGCGGGGAGAGGAAAAAUCCCGGCCGGUGGAGGGGCUCGCCGACGCUUGCGGUGGCUGCGGUCGCGCCGAGAGAGCGCGCGGCUGAGAGGCAUCUCGCGCAGGGAGGAACCCUCGUCUGGCUCCGUUUCCAGAGCGAGUGAGAGAGAGCAGCGCAGCCACAGCGGGAAGGGAAGCGAAGGAAAGGGAAGCCACUCCAGCUCCGCCACUCCAGCCAGCGGCCGCCGGUAGCAACAGGGACGUUAGGAGAGGAGGAGAAGGAGGAGUGCCGCCGCCGCCGCCUCCGCCAUGGAACAGCUCUCAGAUGAAGAACUUGAUCAUGGUGCAGAAGAAGAUAGUGAUAAAGAAGAUCAGGAUCUGGAUAAGAUGUUUGGUGCUUGGCUUGGAGAGUUGGAUAAACUCACACAGAGUUUGGAUACAGACAAGCCUAUGGAACCAGUUAAAAGAUCCCCUCUUCGCCAGGAUGCUAAUAUUGCCAAUUUCUCUUAUCGUUUUUCCAUGUACAACCUGAAUGAAGCCUUGAACCAAGGUGAGACUGUAGAUCUUGAUGCUCUUAUGGCAGAUCUUUGUUCCAUAGAGCAGGAGCUCAGCAGCAUUGGUUCACAAUCUACCAACAGUGCAUCAAUGAAAUGUUUUCCCAUAGAAGGGAAAAUGACUCAGAAACCAUCAAGUGGUAGCCGACUCCCUUCUAAGCACAGUAGCAUGAAAGGAUUAUCUUCAUCUAGUCAAGUAACAAAGCCGUCACAUGCUGUCUUCUCCCUGGAUGACAUUACUGCGCAGUUAGAGAAAGCGUCUCUGAGUAUGGAUGAAGCAGCUCAGCAAUCUAUAAUUGAAGAUAGCAAACCUGUAGUUACUAUCCAGCAUAGGAGGACAGCAUCAGCCGGUACUGUGAGUGAUGCUGAAGUUCGUUCUAUCAGUAAUUCCUCCCGAUCUAGUAUCACAUCUGCAGCAUCCAGUAUGGACUCCCUGGACAUUGACAAGAUGACAACAAGACCUCAAGAGUUGGAUCUGAUUUCACAGGGGCAGCCCAUCAGUGAGGAGGAACAGGCUGCUAAACUGAAGGCUGAAAAGAUCAGGGUUGCUUUAGAGAAGAUUAAAGAAGCACAAGUUAAAAAGCUUGUGAUAAGAGUCCACAUGUCUGAUGACAGCUCGAAGACAAUGAUGGUAGAUGAACGACAGACAGUAAGACAAGUGUUAGACAACCUGAUGGACAAAUCCCAUUGUGGAUUUAGCUUAGACUGGUCCUUGGUAGAAACAAUCUCUGAAUUACAAAUGGAUAGGAUCUUUGAAGACCAUGAAAAUUUAGUUGAAAACCUCCUGAACUGGACAAGAGAUAGUCAAAACAAGCUCAUGUUUGUUGAACGCAUAGAAAAAUAUGCCCUUUUUAAAAAUCCCCAAAAUUAUCUUCUUGGGAAAAGAGAAACCUCUGAAAUGGCAGACAGGAACAAGGAAGUACUACUGGAGGAGUGUUUUUGUGGAAGCUCAGUAACAGUGCCAGAAAUCGAGGGAGUUCUGUGGCUAAAAGAUGAUGGUAAAAAAUCUUGGAAGAAGCGUUACUUUCUUCUGCGAGCUUCUGGAAUCUACUAUGUUCCAAAAGGAAAAGCGAAGGUCUCACGAGAUCUUGUGUGCUUUCUUCAAUUGGAUCACGUUAAUGUUUAUUAUGGACAAGAUUAUCGCAACAAGUACAAAGCUCCUACAGACUAUUGUCUGGUAUUAAAGCAUCCCCAAAUUCAGAAGAAAUCUCAAUAUAUUAAGUAUUUAUGUUGUGAUGAUAUCAGAACCCUUCAUCAGUGGAUAAAUGGCAUCCGUAUUGCUAAGUAUGGGAAGCAACUCUAUGUAAACUAUCAAGAAGCUCUGAAAAGGACAGAAUCAGCAUAUGAUUGGACAUCCCUGUCCAGUUCCAGUAUUAAGUCUGGAUCCAGCUCAUCUAGUUUGCCAGAAUCUCAGUCCAACCACUCAAAUCAAUCUGACAGUGGAGUUUCAGACACUCAAACAGGACAUGUCCGUUCCCAAAGUAUUGUUAGCUCCAUCUUUUCAGAAGCUUGGAAGAGGGGAACUCAGUUGGAAGAGUCUAGCAAGAUUAAUGCUCGAAUGGACUCAAUAAACCGACCCUUCGCUUCACUUGUAUCGCCUUUAUCUCCACAAACUAAAACAGCUACUCCAUAUACAGCAUCACAACCAUCACCUCCCCUUCCACCUCCUCCCCCUCCCCCACCUCCCCCUCCGCCUCCUCCACCCCCACCUCCUCCCCCUCUUCCUGGUCAGUCUGUGCCAUCUGGAACCAGCUCAGCAACAGUGUUUGUGAAAUACAGCACUAUAACAAGACUACAGAAUGCCUCUCAGCAUGGGGGGCUUCUCUACAAAUCACCUAUCUCAAUACAGCAGCCACCAUCCCCACUCCCGCCUCCAGGAAAACCUCAGAAUUUAAUACCUCCUAAUGGUAUAAUCCCACCCCCGCCGCCGCCUCCUCCUCCCCCUACCCCAGGAUCAGCAAUGGCACAGCUCAUGAAACCUGUGCCUUCCAACCCAUCGGUACCACAGUUCACCCCACCACCACCUCCUGCUCCCCCUCUCAAAAUUCAUCAAGUUCACCAGAACAUUGUUCAGUCUGCAACUUUGCCACCACCACCACCACCUUCAGUGCCAGCACCCCCACCCCCACAAGCUCCUCCUAAGCCUACUAUGACACUCCCUACACAAAACAGUGCAAAAUCCAUCUCGGCAGUUGUGACACAUCCAGUGCCGCCACUUCCUGUUCCUUCAGCAGUAAAGAAGCAGCCAAGUUUCCCCACCCCACAAAUUCCAUUAUCUCCUGCCUCACUAGGUCCGUCUCCUCCACCUACUCUGCCCAAGCAACAGAAUCACUCUAGUAAGCUUCCUCCCUCUCCACAGUCUCCUGUGCCAUCCAUUGUGAAGCAGAUAGCCAGCCAGUUUCCGCCUCCUCCCAUGCCAGCUUCGGAGCCCCAGCCUUUAAAACCUGCCCCUCUGAGUGUACCACCUCAGUCUCCUCCAGCUGUAAAAGCCAAGCCAAAAUGGCAGCCAACCUCUGCUCCCUCUCCUGAUUUUCCUCCUCCACCCCCUGAAGGUAGCCUAGCAUUUCCUCCUCCACCUUCUCCUUCUUCCUCUCCAUUGAUAGUGUCCCCUACACCAGAUAAAUCAGGAGGUUCUCCAGUCAAAAAAGGUAGUAAGACUUCCAGUCCUGGAGGAAAAAAGCCACCUCCUACACCUCAGCGCAAUUCCAGUAUAAAAUCAAAUAGUUCAAUUGAGUCCAGUGAACCUAAGAGACCUUCAGUGGAUGUCUUAGUUAGCAAAUUUGCACAUCCCCCGGAGCCCUCUGGAUCUCCUGCCAAGGAAUCCCCAACUCCACCUGCAGCUCCUCCAAAGCCAGGAAAGCUCUGCCUGCCUAUCGUUCUUCAGCAGGCAGGUAUUUCAACAAAAGCACCAGCCAUAGGAGCACUAGGCAAGGUUGCUGCUGAAGAAUUUCCUUCUCCUCCAUCAGAUUCAGACUUUCCCCCUCCACCACCUGAAAUCGAUCUUCCUUUACCUCCCGUAGAAAUUCCUGUUGUCUUUUCAGGCAAUACCUCGCCAAAGGUUGCUGUCGUCAAUCCCCAACCUCAGCCAUGGUCUAAGUCAUCUGGGAAGAAAGCUCCCCCUCCAACACGUCCCAAACGCAACGACAGCACCCGUCUCACGCAAGCAGAAAUGAUGGAGUCGCAGGUUGUUGUCAGUGCACAAGUGCCCACCUCGCCCAAGUCUGGCCUUAGUGUUCAGCCUGGUUUUCUGGCGGAUUUGAAUAGAACUCUGCAGCGUAAGUCCAUCACUCGACAUAGCUCCCUCUCCUCUGCCCGGAUAUCCAGAGCUGAGCCAACUGCUACAAUGGAUGACAUGGCCUUGCCCCCGCCCCCACCAGAACUUCUGACAGACAAGCAGAAGACCAGCAGCUUUGGAGGUAGUCAUAUAUUAGGCUAUGCAACCUUACGGAGGGGCCCACCUCCAGCACCUCCAAAGAGGGAUCAAAACACCAAACUGUCUAGGGACUGGUGAUGUUUAGGAGACCCAGCAAACCCUAAGUGGGACACAUCUGGUACUGAAAUGCCUCCUCUUAAUAGCUGUGAUCUGAAGAAGUCUGUUUUAACAGUAGCUGUGGGUAGUGACUAUGUUCACUUCCAGAAACAGUCCCUGAAGCUUUGCUGUUUGUGUUCUGUGUAUUGGGGUGAAGAAUGGGAUGAGUACUACUUCAAAGUUCAAAUACUUCAUAAGGAUUGGACCAAAAUCUUUAACACUAUGUUUCCUGCUGUUCAGGAAAUAACUGUUGUCUGUCAGUGUGGGAAAUGUGGGUGCAUGUAUUAUAAAUGUAGGUAUAUAAUAUAUUGUGAAAUAUUUUGUUGGAAUUGUAGAGGCUCACCAGAAUGUUUUUGUACAUCUGUAUUUAUUUCAGUCAACUGAGGUUUUUAUGAAAAAUUGGAUGAUGUAUUAGAAAAAUCAUUUUGCUUUUGAAAACAAAAAUGUUGGGGCACCUUAGAUCAUUGGAAACCUCUUUGGGCAGUUGGUGACGGGUAUGCAGGGCUGACAAAUUCUGUCAGUGUCUGCACAGAAUCAAUUGAUUGAAAAAUUUGGACGCAGUCUACCAAAACAUUCUGGUUGUAAUACUACUGAAUAGAAAUCCAUGUAGAGAAAAAGAAAAAUGCUGUACAGUGGGGCUGCAGUUCAAGAUGUUGGGUAAUAAAGGCAUUCUGUUUUAGAAUUCUUAAGGGGAGAAAGCCCCUUAAAAUACAUCAGAACUUUCUCCUGAAUAAACACCAGUAGGAUUAGGCUUAAACUUAAUGUUCCAGUCGCACAUUCUAAAGAGGAAUGUGUAAUUGAACAUAUCAGAAUGUUGCGCGUUGGAAACUGGAUCAUUAUUCCCCAAACUCUCAGUGGGAUUAUUUGGACUAGUGAUACUCUAGUUAAAUUAACAACAUUUAAUUCACUGUCACGUACACAUCUGUUUUGGUUAAGUGAAAGUGGUGUACCAGAAGAUACUCGAGAUAUGUUGUUGUCAUGUCUGAUCACCAUCUCUCUUAACUGGUACUGCUCAUCAAAUUGCCUGUGUGCAAGUUUACACAUAUAGUGGGUGCAUCUCUUUCUCUCUCUCUCUCUCUCUCUCUCUCUCUCUCUCUCUCCCUCCCUCCCUCCCU